GCGUCAAAUGCCAGCCUGCUCUCACUUUUACUCUGUUUUCAAUCUUUUAAAUAAACACCACCGACUCUCUGCAAGUGAUAGCUAGAAGAGAGAAGGAGGAUCUUUCAUCACCAUUGUCGUCUAGUUAAGUUUUGAUCCUUCUUCUUCACCAAUGGUGAGUGCAGUUUCAGUUUCAGUUUCAGUCCAGCUGAUUUGCAUUGGGUUGGUUUUAUUUUGUUCUUCUUCUUCUUGUCUUGUGAGAGCUGAGGAUGCUUACAGAUACUUCACAUGGACUGUCACAUAUGGUACUGCAGCACCACUUGGUGUCUCUCAAGAGGUAAUUCUUAUCAAUGGUCAGUUUCCUGGUCCUAGACUUGAUACAAUCACAAAUGAGAACAUAAUCAUCAAUGUCAUUAACAAACUGGAUCAGCCUUUUCUCUUGACAUGGAAUGGAAUUAAGCAAAGAAAGAACUCAUGGCAAGAUGGAGUUUUGGGUACUAAUUGUCCAAUACCUCCAAAUGGGAAUUUCACAUACAAAUUCCAACCAAAAGAUCAGAUCGGAACUUAUACUUAUUUCCCUUCUACUGGAUUGCACAAAGCUUCUGGCGGGUUUGGAGGGUUAAAUGUCUUUGCAAGAUCGGUCAUUCCUGUUCCAUAUCCUACACCAGCUGCAGUUUAUACUCUACUUGUUGGUGAUUGGUACAAGGCUGGUCAUAAGGCAUUACAGCAAAUUCUUGAUUCAGGGAGACCACUUCCCCCUCCUGAUGGUGUUCUUUUAAACGGGCAAUCUGGGUUAACCUUCAAUGGUGAUCCAGGCAAGACCUACAUGUUUAGAGUUUCAAACGUGGGCAUAUCAACCUCAUUGAACCUGAGGAUUCAGAAUCAUUUGAUGAAGCUGGUUGAGGUUGAAGGAUCCAAUGUUAUGCAGAAUACAUAUGAUUCCCUUGACUUGCAUCCGGGCCAAUCUUUCUCGAUCCUGGUUAAUUUGAAUCAGACCGCUAAAGAUUACUACAUAGUUGUUUCUACUCGUUUUACUAGUGCCGAUUUUACAGCAAAGGCGGUUUUGCACUACUCCAACUCUCAAUCUUCUGUCUCAGGACCACUUCCAUUGCCACCAUCUUAUGGACUAGAUGGAUCAAUGAACCAAGCCAAAACAUUCAGGUGGAAUUUGACAUCGAAUGCAGCCAGGCCAAACCCGCAAGGAUCCUUCCAUUAUGGAACGAUACCAAUAACAAAGACUUAUGUGUUGGCUAAUUCUGCACCUACAAUCAAUGGGAAACAAAGAUAUGCAGUUAACCGUGUUUCCUACAUCAAUGCCGAUACUCCUUUGAAGCUUGCUGAUUACUUUAAAAUCACGGGAGUGUUUGAUUUGAAAUCGAUCCAAAGCAGUCCUUCUGAAGGCCCGGCAAGCCUAGCCACAGCUGUAAUGCCAGCUUCUUUACACGAUUUCAUUGAGAUUGUUUUUCAGAACAAUGAAAAUGCUAUGCAAUCUUGGCAUCUUGAUGGCUAUGAUUUCUGGGUGGUUGGCUAUGGUUCUGGACAGUGGACACAAGCCAGUAAAAAUAGCUAUAAUCUAGUUGAUGCUCUCACCAGGCAUACUGCACAGGUGUUUCCUAAUUCUUGGACAGCUAUAUUGGUUUCCUUGGAUAACCAAGGAAUGUGGAACUUGAGAUCUGCAAUAUGGGACAGACAAUAUCUUGGCCAGCAAUUCUACCUUAGAGUUUACAACCCAAUUCAAAACCUAGCCAACGAGUACGAUAUUCCCACCAAUAUGCUUCUUUGUGGAAAAGCCCUCGGGCGUCGGUUGUGAGAUAUAUAAGUUUGUUAGUUCGAAGUUAUCAUGCCUGUCAUAUGAGUUUGACUGCGUUUUUGUUUUUAUAUCUAUAUCUUAUAAUUUCUUUUGGGCAUUUGUUAUAAUAGUCAUUUAGUCUUUUUAUUAUAGAUGUUAAAUUUUGUAUUAAUAGAGAUGUUGUGACAUGUUUGCUGAGAUUAAAUUGAAGAAAAUAAAGCAUUUACUAAGCUUGAAGUGA